GGUAACCACGAUCACGUGACCAGGUUGGGCCGUUCAUGACGUCGUGUUCGUUCUGGUCAGCUGAUGCUCGCGACGCAGUGGAUUUAGAGACUAGAGGACUUCACUUUUAUCAGUUUCUGCGCUAUAUUCUCCCCUUAGUGCAUUGGAAAGAAAGCAGUGCAUUAUGGGGGAGCUGUUUCGCAGUGAGGAGAUGACCCUGGCCCAGCUCUUCCUACAAUCAGAGUCAGCCUACUGCUGUGUCAGUGAGCUGGGGGAGAUCGGCAUGGUGCAGUUCAGAGACUUGAACCCAGAUGUCAACGUUUUUCAGAGGAAGUUUGUAAAUGAAGUCCGUCGUUGUGAGGAAAUGGACCGCAAACUGAGGUUUGUUGAGAAGGAGAUUAGAAAGGCUAACAUAACUGUUGUAGACACAGGGGAGAACCCAGAGGUCCCUUUUCCUCGAGACAUGAUUGACUUAGAGGCCACUUUUGAAAAGCUGGAGAAUGAGUUGAAGGAGAUCAACACCAACCAGGAAGCCCUGAAGAAGAACUUCCUGGAGUUGACGGAGCUCAAGCACAUCCUCAGGCGAACACAGCAGUUUUUCGAUGAGAUUGAAAGGCCAUUCUCUGAAUUCCUCGUCACAUCCCAGCCACUGAUGGUGAUGUCAAACUGCCCUUCCCAAGACCAGUUCAGCAAGAUGGAAGAUCCUUCACUUUUGGAAGAAUCAUCAACCUUAAUAGACACAAAUGAGGUUGGACGCGCUGCUCCUCUCAGGCUUGGUUUUGUUGCGGGUGUGAUAGGCAGAGAAAGGAUUCCCACCUUCGAGAGGAUGCUGUGGAGAGUUUGCCGUGGCAACGUGUUCCUACGGCAGGCAGACAUUGAAGACUCACUUGAGGACCCCACCACAGGCGACCAUGUGCACAAGUCUGUGUUCAUCAUUUUCUUCCAGGGUGACCAGCUGAAGAAUAGAGUGAAGAAGAUUUGUGAAGGGUUUCGGGCUUCUCUGUACCCCUGUCCCGAGACCCCUCAAGAGAGAAAGGAAAUGGCAGCUGGAGUGAAUUCUCGAAUUGAUGAUCUCCAAAUGGUCCUGAAUCAAACGGAGGAUCACAGGCAGCGAGUGCUGCAGGCAGCUGCUAAGACUUUGCGUGUGUGGUUCAUCAAAGUGAGGAAGAUGAAGGCCAUUUAUCACACGCUGAACCUCUGCAACAUCGAUGUCACGCAGAAAUGUCUGAUUGCUGAGAUCUGGUGCCCUGUGUCAGAUCUAGACUCCAUUCAGUUUGCACUCCGACGGGGCACGGAAAGAAGCGGAUCCACUGUUCCUUCCAUCCUAAACAGAAUGCAGACCAAACAGACGCCACCCACCUUCAACAAAACCAACAAGUUCACCUCUGGCUUUCAAAGCAUCGUUGAUGCCUAUGGCAUUAGCAACUACCGCGAGAUCAACCCAGCUCCAUACACCAUCAUCACCUUCCCCUUCCUGUUUGCGGUCAUGUUUGGUGAUUUGGGCCACGGUGUCCUCAUGACCUGCGCUGCACUCUAUCUAGUACUACGAGAGAGCCGGUUAAUCGCCCAGAAAAAUGAAAACGAGAUGUUUCAAAUGGUGUUUGCUGGCCGGUACAUUAUUCUCCUGAUGGGAGUGUUUUCUGUGUAUACUGGAAUCAUCUACAAUGACUGUUUCUCCAAAUCUCUCAAUGUCUUCGGCUCUGGCUGGAGCGUGAGACCCAUGUUUGGAGAAAAAGGAGCCAACUGGACGUUUAAGACUUUAGAGGAAAACAGGAUGCUACAGUUAGACCCUGCUGUGCCAGGAGUGUUUGGUGGACCCUAUCCCAUCGGCAUUGACCCAAUCUGGAACAUUGCCAGCAAUAAGCUGACGUUUCUAAACUCCUUCAAGAUGAAGAUGUCCAUCAUUCUGGGAGUCAUCCAUAUGCUUUUUGGAGUUACUCUCAGCCUCUUCAAUCACAUGUAUUUUAAGAAGCCUCUGAACAUCUACCUGGGCUUUAUUCCUGAGAUCGUCUUCAUGAGCAGUCUGUUUGGAUACCUGAUGUUGCUCGUGUUCUACAAGUGGACGGCAUACGAUGCCAGGAGCUCAAAAGACGCCCCCAGUCUUCUUAUAGCCUUUAUCAACAUGUUCCUUUUCAACUACAACGAUCCCACCAACAAACCUUUAUACAGGGGACAGAUGGCGAUUCAGUGUCUGUUAGUUGUCAUAGCUCUCGCCUGUGUGCCGUGCAUGCUUAUAGUAAAGACCCUAGUUAUGCGCAGGCAACACCUCUGGAGGAGACACCUGGGAACACAGAAUUUUGGGGGAAUUCGUGUGGGUAACGGCCCCACAGAGGAUGAAGCUGGGAUCAUACAACAUGACCAGCUUGCCCAGAAUGUAGAAGAAGAGCCUGAGCAAUCUGAAGAGGAAGUGUUUAAUUUUGCAGAUGAAGCGGUGCAUCAGGCCAUUCAUACUAUAGAAUACUGCUUGGGCUGCAUUUCAAACACAGCCUCUUAUCUACGGCUCUGGGCACUGAGUCUGGCUCACGCCCAGCUGUCUGAGGUCUUGUGGUCUAUGGUGAUGCACAUUGGCUUGGCCUCUAGGAAUUUUAGUGGAUUCAUUGGCCUGUCAUUCAUCUUUGCCUUCUUUGCUACGCUGACAGUGUGUAUUCUCUUGAUCAUGGAAGGACUGUCUGCCUUCUUGCACGCCCUCAGGUUGCACUGGGUGGAGUUCCAGAAUAAGUUCUACACUGGACAGGGCUUCAAGUUUAUGCCCUUCACUUUCGACAGCAUUCUGGAGGGCAAGUUUGAAGACUAAACCACACCCACUUUUUCCUCUCUUCCAGCUGCAACACCCCUAAACUAAGAGAGCCAAUCGGAAAUUAAAACCAGAUUUGAUCAUUUCUGUGAACAUUGUGAUAAAAAUCUACAUUGGCUCUGCAUUUCUCAGGUGUUCUACAUCAGGAUGUAAAUGGAAUAAUUUACAGGUUAACUACAUGUGAAUGACUGAGCUAGAAUUGCGUAACAUGUUUAUUUCAUAACUUAAUUACACGUGAUUUCAUAACUUAAGUUCGUGCACUUAUAUGUACUUUUCAUAUGCACACGUAGCAAAUUACAGCAUAUAUGUUUGUUUUGCUUACAUUAAUGAGGAUGCAGAUGUCUUCAAUUCCUCAUAAAUUUGUACAUCCCGAGUCUCUUUUUCCUAGUCCCUUAAAUUAUUAGUUAUUUGUUUUUUUUAUUUAUCUUUUACCCUUUAUUUGUUCCUUGAAUACAUCUAUACAACACUUAUUAUGCAAUGAGACUUUGUCCACUGAGCUCCUGUCAUACAGAGAUGAUUAUGUCAUCAGUCAUAUCUGAAUGAAUAUUCUAGAUAAUGCCAUGAAUAAACCGGAUUUAUCACACAUCAGCAAAUUUCACAAAUCAACACUUACAAAAUUAGUGUUGCCAUGAGUUUUAUUUAGGCUUUAAUUGUUUUGCUGUUUUUCUUCAUGUUAAUCUGUUCGCUGCAGUGCUCAGUUUCAUGUUUGUUUGGUUGUGUACAUGCCCAUGCACUGGCUCCUAAAGAAGAUGUGUUGGUGUGCUAGAUGUCAAAUGCAGUCCAGUGAGUCUUUGAUACAUUUAUUAGACCAAGUAGAAGCAGUCGGCGGAGCUAAUUGUGAUUUCUCUAUUUUAUUUGUCAAUAAAGAGAAAGUGGUGGACCGGAA